AUGGGAUUGCUACGCCAAAUAGGAACCUUGACCGGAAAGAAUAUUCUCAUUACGCUUAAUCGACAUGCCUUCAGUACGUGUAUACGCGCAUUUGUACUACCCGUGGCAUUGAUCAUCUUCCUUAGUUAUGCCAGGAACCUAUUCAUACCUCCUUCAACUUACGGUAUUGGCUCGAGCCACACCAUUCGAUCAUUAGCAGAAGGACUUAAUGCUGCGACUGGUGGACGAAAUACUUUGGCAUUUGUGAAUAAUGGUUUGACGGGAGGAGACAUUGAUGAUGUUAUUGCUGGAUUGUCUUCGCAGGCCGAAGCUGUUGGAGCAAAGGUGCAACGUUUGACGACUGAGGCUGAAUUACUCGAUAUCUGUCAAAGUAGUCUGAGAGGAGCAACAACCUGUUAUGGUGCCAUUGUUUUCCAAUCUUCGCCUUCAGAAGGAACAGGGGGAAUAUGGAACUACACCAUGCGAGCGGAUGGCGCAUUUGGUGAGAAGAUUGAUGUCAGAAAGGAUACAAACGAUGCCGAGCUCUUCAUUUUGCCAUUACAGCGUGCUGUUGAUUUUGCAAUCGCCUCGAGAAAUAAAACAAUCGAUCAGAAUGCUUUACCCACGAUCGUUCAUGAGUAUCCAUAUACUAGUCAGACCCAGAAGCAACGUGAGACGGCCAUUCGAACAAACUACCAAAGCGCCAUCAUCAAUAUACUUGGUGUUGCUUUCUUGAUCGGUAUGGUCGGAGUUACAUACCAUCUGACUGGCUUCAUUGCUUCCGAGCGAGAACUUGGAAUGUCACAACUUAUAGAAGCUAUGAUGCCAAAUUUACGAAGAUGGGAGCCUCAAGUAGCUAGGAUACUUUCAUAUCAUCUAGCUUUCGAUAUCCUGUACAUACCAGGAUGGGUUAUCAUGGGUGUGGUUCUAGGAGUAGGGGUUUUUGCUCAAACUUCUAUGGCCAUUGUUAUCAUAUAUCAUGUUCUGGCUGGUCUUUCUCUCACAUCAUUCUCCAUCCUUGGUGCUGCGUUUUUCAAGAAAGCCCAACUUAGCGGCAUUAGUCUUGCAAUCAUCACGCUCCUACUUGGUGUCAUCACCCAAGUGAUUGACAAGACAAAUUCUGGAACUGUGGCAGUUCUAAGUUUACUGUUUGCUCCAUGUAAUUAUGUAUUUUUCCUCAUUUUCAUGGCUCGUUAUGAAAAGCAAAAUAUUGGCACUAAUCUUGUACGAGCCGCGCCUAACAACCCUUGGUCCCUGCCUGGAAUUGCUCUUUGGGUAUUCUUGAUCAUCCAAAUAUUUGUCUAUCCAAUCCUCGGUGCUCUAGUGGAACGUUACCUCUUCGGGACAAUGUCCAAGGGCCGCACAGUGGUUGGUCAAGGCUCUGAGAAGCAUGCACAAUCACUUGGGUCCAACACUUUGGAGACUGUUCGAUUAGAAAAUUUCACAAAACAUUACCAGCCAAAUUGGUUUCGACUCAAGACUGCUAUAUUCACCAAAAUUCCUAAAUCUACUGUCGUCGCCGUCAACGAUUUGAGUCUGACCGCUAGCAAAGGUCAAAUUCUUGUCCUUUUGGGUGCCAAUGGAUCAGGAAAAAGUACCACCCUAGACGCGAUCGCAGGAUUAAAUACAGUUACUAGUGGGAACAUCACAGUUGAUGGAACAGGAGGAUUGGGAAUUGCUCCACAAAAGAACGUACUUUGGAAUGAGCUUACCGUCGAGGAGCAUAUUCGUAUUUUCAAUAGUCUCAAAUCCACGGGUUCUCGCGACAGCAAAGCGACUCUCAAAGAAUUGAUUGUAGCGAUCGACUUGGACCGAAAGAGUGGUGCAAAAUCCAAAACUUUGUCUGGUGGUCAAAAGCGAAAGCUUCAGCUAGGAAUGAUGUUCACUGGCGGAAGCUCAGUAUGUUGUGUAGAUGAAGUAAGUAGUGGACUUGAUCCUCUGAGUAGGAGAAAGAUUUGGGAUAUCCUUCUAGCCGAAAGAGGUUCACGGACGAUCAUUUUGACGACACAUUUCCUUGAUGAAGCCGAUCUUCUGUCGGACCGUAUUGCAAUAUUGUCCAAAGGCACUCUUCGAGCGGAAGGCUCUUCUGUAGAGUUGAAAGAGAAGCUAGGUGGUGGUUAUCGCAUCAACCUUCCUACCGGCCACGAACACAAAAAGCCCCCUCAGGUUGAGGGUAUAAAUCAACAUGUGUCGUUUGGUCAAAUGACUUACGUAGCACCAACCUCCAAACAAGCUGCUCGGAUUAUCAAAUGUCUCGAAGAAGAAAACAUCACAGAAUACCAACUAUCUGGUCCUACGAUCGAAGAUGUAUUUUUACAGUUAGCGGACGAGGUUCGAGCCGAAAGCGAUGAGAGUCUUACCCUCCAAAAUUUGUCAUCUGAUAAUGAGCAAUCAGGGAAAGAAAAGGGGCUUGUCACAGAACUCGCAUUGGCUAGCACCCAAGAGCGUCCUGAACUGGAACUUUACACAGGUCAAGACAUUGGAUUCUUUCGUCAAGCAUGGGUUUUAUUUAGGAAGAGGCUCACUGUCCUCCGACGGAAUUACUUACCAUACAUUGCUGCUCUCCUGGUGCCGAUCAUUGCAGCUGGUCUAGUAACCCUUUUUUUGAAAGGUUAUAAAGGUGUCGGCUGUAAACCAACCGAUCGAGUCUCUGUUUCUACAUCGGAAAAUCUCUUCGCUGUUGGCACAUAUGAUGUUGUCGUUGGGCCAUCAUCGAGGUUUUCCACGGAAGUGCUUGCUUCCUUGUUUGAACCUUUAUUAUUUGGACUAUUCCCUACGCAAAGUCAGAUCCAGAGUCACACUCAUCUCGUCGAUACUCUACCCCAGUUCAACAAAUACAUUGAUGAAAACUUUGCCAAUGUUACCCCGUCAGGGUUCUUCCUUGAUAAUAGUGGUUCACAAACCACACUUGCGUAUAAAGGAGACGGUAAUAUUUUCAAUGCUGUAUGGGGUCAGAAUGUCAUGGAUAUCAUGCUCACCAAUAUAAGUAUCGCUACACAAUACUCACAAUUCGACAUUCCCUGGGCACCAUCAACCGGUAAAUCACUGCAGCUUGUCGUCUAUUUUGGUCUGGCAAUGUCUGCAUACCCAGGAUUCUUUUCCUUGUACCCCACUGUCGAAAGAACCAGGAACAUUCGAGGUCUUCAAUAUUCUAAUGGUGUUCGAUCACUUCCAUUGUGGCUCUCGUAUGUAGUCUUUGACUUCAUCCUCGUUCUCAUCUCGAGUGCAUUGAGCGUUAUAAUCUUUGCAGCUGCAUCUUCAGUUUGGUACCAUGUGGGCUAUUUAUUCCUCAUAUUUGCACUCUUCGGUUUGGCCUCGAUUUUACUAUCAUAUGUCGUAUCACUAUUUGCUAGCACACAACUUUCCGCAUUUGCAAUUGCUGCUGCUGGACAAGCCAUCAUGUUCCUUCUCUAUUUGGUCGGGUACCUUUGCACUUUGACCUACGCUCCAAUCAAUGAAAUCGACUCAACACUCAUCAUCGUGCAUUUCGUUAUUAGCGUUUUCACACCAAUGGGGAGCCUUAUCCGAGCAUUAUUCGUCGCAUUGAAUCUUUUUUCUACUACAUGCUCUGGCGAAGAAUUGGCACCUAAUCCUGGAGGAAUCCUACAAUAUGGUGGACCGAUCUUAUAUUUGAUCAUUCAAAUAUUUGCCCUUUUCGCCAUCCUCCUCUGGUAUGAUAGUGGCUCCAUAGUCGCUUGGUUCCGAAGACAUCGAAAGUCACCCACCGCAGUCACCGAGAAUGAAAUCCCUGCAGAUGAAGAAAUUGCCGAAGAACUUGUCAGAGUAAAUUCAUCCAACGACGGUCUUCGAGUUCUUAAUCUUACCAAGAAUUUCGGCUCUGUAACAGCAGUUGAGAACAUGACGUUUGGAAUCAAGCGUGGCGAGGUGUUUGCACUCCUUGGACCAAAUGGUGCAGGAAAGUCCACCACUAUAUCAUUGAUUCGUGGUGAUAUACAACCGAGCAAAAACGGAGGAAGUGUUUUUGUUGAGAAUAUUGAAAUCAAUAGACAUCGUUCAGAUGCAAGGGCUCAUCUGGGAGUGUGUCCUCAAUUCGAUGCUAUGGAUCAAAUGACCGUUCUCGAGCACCUUGCAUUUUAUGCACGCGUCAGAGGAGUCCCAGAUAUUGAACAUAAUGUUCAAGCUGUUCUCCACGCUGUUGGUCUCCAACAUUUUGCUUCUCGUAUGGCAACCAAACUUUCCGGUGGCAACAAACGCAAGUUGUCCCUCGGAAUCGCUUUGAUUGGUAAUCCAACCGUGCUACUACUCGAUGAGCCUUCAUCGGGUAUGGAUGCCGCUGCAAAGAGAGUUAUGUGGAAAACGCUCGCUUCGGUCGUCCCAGGUCGUUCUCUCUUGCUUACAACACAUAGUAUGGAGGAGGCUGAUGCCUUAGCUGACCGUGCAGGUAUCAUGGCAAAAAGGAUGUUGGCCAUGGGAACCUCUGAUCACUUAAGAAGCAAAUUUGGUGGUGCAUACUACAUUCAUUUGGUUCUAAAAAGCGCUCCUCAUACGACAGAUGAUGAGAUAUUGACGUUACGAUCUUGGAUCGAUGAUAACUUCCAAAAUGCCAAAAUUGAAGAUAAAACUUUCCACGGCCAAAUGCGCUUUUCAGUUCCGAUUUCUAGCUAUUCUACGAAUAGUCGGCUGGAAAAGAAAUUGGAUGUGGAUGUGGACUCAGACGAAGACGAGAUCAGUAGUCUCGGAACUAGUAAUUAUGAAACUAAAUUACGAGAUACGGGAGUAGGUUCUUUGAUCAUGAAAUUAGAAGAUAAUCGAGAAGAACUAGGGUUGGAACAUUAUUCGGUUAGUCCGACGACGUUGGAUCAGGUUUUCUUGACGAUUGUGGGGAAUCAUAAUGUGGAGGAGGAGAAUUAUGCGGUGGCGAAGGAGAAGAAGGGAUUUGGUCUUGGUGGCUUGAUGGGGUUGGGGAGAGGGAUGGGGAAUGGGAAUGGGAAAGGGGAAGGGGAAGGGGAAGGGGAUAAAUAG